GAAAGCAGGAGAAGCGCGCACGGCAUCGGGAGUGUUUUCAUCCUCCCCAUCCACCGGGAUCCUCGGGUUUCCUCUCAGAAGAAGCGGACUCAUGGAGCGGAUGGAGUCCAUGGAGCCGAUCACGGCGUACUACACCACGGCUUACCCGGAGAUCCAACCCGACAGCGGCUACGGGUCCAGGGAGACCACCGAGAGCCAGGCGAAGACCCCGCCGCCUCCGACGUACGACGAGGAACUGGUGCACAAGACGAUCCUGGUGGGGGACAGCGGUGUGGGGAAGACCUCUCUGCUGGUGCAGUUCGAUCAGGGCAAGUUCAUCCCUGGUUCCUUCUCUGCCACAGUGGGCAUUGGAUUCACGAAUAAAGUGGUGACUGUCGACAACGUAAAAGUCAAACUCCAGAUUUGGGACACUGCUGGGCAGGAGAGAUUCAGAAGUGUGACUCAUGCAUAUUACAGAGACGCACACGCGUUGCUCCUUUUGUAUGAUAUCACCAGCAAGUCAUCCUUUGACAACAUCCGGGCGUGGUUAACGGAGAUCCACGAGUAUGCACAGAGCGACGUAGUCAUCAUGUUGCUGGGCAACAAGGCCGACAUGAGCAGUGAGCGAGCGAUCCGGAGAGACGAGGGGGAGAGGCUGGCCAGAGAGUAUUCAGUUCCCUUCAUGGAGACGAGCGCCAAGACGGGAGUCAACGUGGAGCUGGCGUUCACUGCAGUGGCCAAGGAACUGAAGCACCGGGCCGUCCAGCACCCGAAUGAACCCAAGUUCCAGAUUCAUGAGUACAUUGAAGCACAGAAGGAGAAAUCUGGAUGCUGCAGCUAUUUCUAAAUGGAAUAUCCGGAGCCAUCCUCCCACUGCUCUGGGUGGACAGACUUGUCAGAGACACACCGAGAGAGAGCUGCUAAGUGGGAGGAAGCCCUGUAACUCACUGCUGCUCCCAAAAAUAUCACGCUGCCAUUCAUUCUGGACUCAAAGUACAUCCAUCAAUGGAACCGGAGGAGGUUUUCCCAAGUCAGUGACUCACAAAACCCACAUUUCCUUUACAGAUCAUCAUGGGCUGCUAAGAAUAUGUCAU